AUGAGGCUUGUCAGCUGGUGUCGCUCUCCACCUGGGCUCGGCCGACAUCGCCCUCUGGCUGUGGCCCCCUUGCGAUGGCGCUCGCGUGAGAGGAGCCUCCAUCUGGCACCGCCAUUUCUGGUCGACGACUACAUCCCACGCUUCUUGACGCUGUCGGAGAUCGAAGCGUCCAAGAAGCGCUCACGGGCAUAUGGCCACCUGCGCAACUGCAACCUCUGCCCGCGUCUCUGUGGCGUCAACCGGUACGAGACCACGGGCAUGUGUCUGAUUGGCGGUGACACGGCCAAGGUCAAUGUGAUUGCGCCGCAUUUCGGCGAAGGUAAGGCACAUGUCGUCAGCCGGUGUGACUACGACACUGAUACCCACCCGCCGGACAGAGCCGUGUGUCCAGGGGCACAAUGGCAGCGGAAGCGUCUUCUUCAGAACCACGACAUCAGCCACCAACGGAACGGCAUGGAUCUCACGCCCGAAGAGCUGGCCGACUGGUUUCUCAAGCUGCAGGAAGUCGGCAGCGUCCACAACAUCAACCUCAUCACACCCGAGCACGUGGUGCCGCAGGUGGCCCUCGCGCUUCUCCACGCGCGCACCAACGGACUCACGCUACCGAUCAUAUACAACACGUCGGCCUACGACUCCCUUGCGUCGCUUGAGCUUCUCGAUGGGCUCGUAGACAUGUACCUGCCCGACUUCAAGGUGUGGGAGCCGACGACGUCGCGCCGGCUCCUCAAGGCAGACGACUACGCGGCGACGGCUCGCGAGAGCAUCAAGGCGAUGCAUGCGCAGGUCGGCGACCUCUGCUUCACGCCUGACGGCAUCGCCAAGAAGGGUGUUCUUGUGCGCCACCUGGUGAUGCCCGGCCUCGAGGAGGAGGGCGCGACGAUCAUGCAGUGGCUGGCCGAGGAGCUGUCUCGAGACGUGUUUGUCAACAUCAUGGAGCAGUACCACCCGGAUGCGUAUGUGGGAAAGCCAAAGCGGGCAGGGAAGUCUCAGGGCGGCAAUGCCGACGACGACGAAGGCUCUAGCAAGGUCCGAUACGCGGAUAUCAACCGCGCGGUGACGGACAAAGAAGUGUCUGCCGUUCGGAAGGCUGCUGAGAAGGCUGGGCUCUGGCGUUUCUGCGACCCACCAAGGCACUAUGGGUUCAAUCUCUGA